GACGGCAGUAAAUGCAGCACCAACUAAAAGCAGCGACAAGGAAGUGGAUGACCAGAGUUGACAGUUUCCGCAUCAAAGUCAUCCAAACAGCGACCCUACCAUGGCAACAGCGCGAAUUUGUGUCCUGUAUGUUGUCUUUGCUACGACUUUAGCGGAAGACGUUAAAUUAAAAUACAAACCGUCCACCAAAGCUGUCCGACUGUUCACUGAGGAGGAACUGACGAGAUACGACGGCAGCCAGCAGGGUCAACCUAUCUACAUGGCAAUAAAAGGAGUUGUGUUUGAUGUUACCAAGGGGAAAGAAUUUUAUGGAAAAGAUGCACCAUACAAUGCCUUGGUUGGUAAGGACUCCACUCGGGCUGUGGCUAAGAUGUCCCUGGACCCAGCAGACCUGACAUCAGAUACUACGGGCCUCACUGAAGAGCAGCUGGAGUCUCUGGACAGUAUAUUUGAAGGCACGUACAAAGCAAAGUAUCCGAUUGUGGGUUACACAGCGUCACGCGUCCUCACUAAAGAUGGAAGUCACAACGAAGCCUUCAAACCAGAGGACCAGCCUCAUUUUCAAAUCAAAGAUGAGAUUUGAUCUCAUUUUACCUUUUUGUAAAAUAUACUUGUGAAAAAGUCUUGUUAUAAAGGAGUUUUCUUUACUUGAUCAGAAUCAUAUGCCUAAUAUGAGCCUAAUAUGCUAAGUGCAAUACAUGUAAAAGAGAAGAUCAAAAUACAUAUAAUGGAGACACUGUUUAGUCAUAUUUACUUGAACCAAAGUUUUACAUGAUUCUCUAUCUGGGAGAGCUCUCAUUGCUACAGAACCAUUUCAAUACUUAUUGUAUCUUUUUUGAAAUGCAUUUAAAAUAAGACUGUUUUGACCAACAUCGGAUGUACAAAGUGAACUGAUGCUAGAUUUUAAAGAUCCCAUCCAGACAUGUUCUAAGUCGUGUAAAAAAUGUUUUUUUUCUACCAAAAAGUUCAUGCCUUCAGCAGAUGAAUGUGGAAAACAUCCUUCUGGUAUCAAACUGCACAUGCGUCGUCAUUUUGCACAGUAAAGCUCAAACAUCCAAGUGAAUAAAAAAAAUAGAAAUGUGAAAUGGAGGGGGGACUUUAUCUUUUACCAUCAGCCCACAUACAGCAACAGCGGAUUAUACGCGGUUACACAGUAAUAGUCUAUUACAAAUUUGAUACCAACAAAUUAAAAGUCAGCGCCAAAGGAGAGUGAGCUGAGAGAACAGAUGCAGUAAACUAACUAAACAUCAGCCCUCACGUUCUCUUGACUUAGAUUUUAGUUGGACUGCCACUAAUGAUUAUUUUUAUCAUAGAGAGUGAGAAGUCGCUUUAUCACUUAGUCCAUGAAAUUUCAGAAAAUCCUUGCACAGUUUCCCAGAACUCCUUGUAGUGUCAUCAAAUGUUUUAUUUUGUUCAAAACCCCCAAAUUCAAAAUUUUACAGUUACUAAGUGGAAAAAGAACUGAAAGUUGUCACAUUUGAGAAGCUGGAGAUCAAAAAUAUUUGGCCUUGUUGAUUGAUACAUGACUAAUUGUUAUCAGAUAUGUUGCUGAUUCAUUUUCUGUCCCUUGACUAUUCCAUUAAUUGCUUCAGCUCUAGAUUGGAGUAUAAAAUGUUUUCAAUAAAUGCAUGCCCAGUAGAAUAUGAAUGUAAUUAAAACCCACUGAAUCUGCAGCUCUGUGGUUUGCAUGAUUAAAAAUGUACUUUCUGUUUGAUUUUGUUAGUGUAUAAUUAUUAUUAAAGUCUGUAAAGCUG